GGAGGGAGUCACACCAGCCGGCAGCUGCAGCCUGGGCUGAGAGCGGAGCAGGAGCCGCUGCAGCGUGCGUGCGGGGAAGCGGCCAGCGGGGAGCGUAGCCGUCCCAGGGCUGGCGUCCAGGAGCUGCGGGGCCGCGGAAGCAGGAGGAUGCGGGGCGGCGGCCACCACAGGAGCCCGUGGGCUGGACUACUGCUGCUACUACUGCUGGCGCUGCUGCUGCUGGGGGGCUUGGUGCAGGCGGCGGGCAAACAGGGAGCUUUGCAGCCCUUCGAGCUGCUCUACAACCGCGGCGUCGAGGCGUUCUCCGACGGGGACUUUCCAGCAGCCGUGCGUUACCUGGAGCAGGCGCUGAGCAGCCGCCGACGACUGCGGGAGGAGCGGCUGCGCUGCCGCCUGGAGUGCGGGGCCCGAGCGCCCCUGGGAUCGGCGCGCGGCGGCGGCCCGGCUUGGGAGCUACGCUUCUUGCGCGCCCUGCUGGAGCGGGCUCGCUGCGUGCGCCGCUGCGAGCAAGAGGAUGAGUCCGGUGCCUCCGACGGGCACCCCCGCACGGCUAGCUCCGGGUUCGUGAGCCGAAGCCCAGCAGACGUGAGCCGAGAUUUCCAGAGGAGGAUGCCCUACAGCUAUCUCCAGCAGGCCUACAGCCAGAUGAACCAGAUGGAAAAAGCAGCUGAAGCAGCCUAUACUUUUUUAAUGGCCAAUCCCGAGCACAUGGCUGUGCCUUCUCAUGAUGGGAAUUCUGAAACGGUGGCAGGAGCCAAGCUGGUGGAUAGAGAAGCCCAACCCCACCUGGAACACUACCGAGAAGCAGUAGAACAUUAUGAAGAUGACGACUUCCAGCUGGCCAUCAAGGCCUUUGAACAAGCUUUAAAGGAAUAUUUCAAAGCAGAUAGGCAAUGCCGAGUUCUGUGUGAGUGGUCCCAGAGCUACGAUGACCAUGACCAUCGAAUGAAAACCGACGGCUUCUAUGAAGUCAUCGCAGGUCUCUACUCCCGGCGUCUGAUCUGUGAGCACGACUGCGUGAGGGAGCUCGCUACCUGGCCCCGCCAGCCGGCCCCCAUCGAGAACUUCCUCCCCCUUCACUACGACUACCUCCAGUUCUCCUAUUAUCAAGUUGGCAACUACGUGAAAGCUCUGGAAUGUGCCAAGUCCUACCUUCUGUUCCACCCAGAUGAUGAGGAUGUGCAGGACAACGUGAGGUACUACGAGAGUGUGUUGGAAGAAAGCAUGGACCCGAGCAUCAUCACACCUAGGGAGGACGCUACAAUGUUCAUGAAACGGUAUAAGCUGGAGUCUGAGCUCAUCAAGUCAGCCACAGUCCAUCUGGGCAUCCCCUACACCGAGCAGAAUUACUGGACCAGCAAUGGAGGAAGGCAAGAAGACCUUGAGACCCCUGCAGAGACUGGCCACAGGGAGGCUGAUGCUCCUGAGAGGUCUCUGGGAAAGCAGCCUGUGCCCAGGAUCGACCGAGACCUUUGCGAGGGGGGACCACUGCUCUACAGCCACGUGAAGUUUGUCUACAAUUCGGAGCAGCUGAACGGGACCCAGAGGAUGCUGCUAGAUAAUGUCUUGUCUGAGGAGGAAUGCCAAGAGCUCCAUAGCAUGGCCAGUAGAAUCAUGCUUGCUGGUAGUGGGUACCAAGGGGAAGUUUCCCCUCUCACUCCCAAUGAGAAAUUUGAAGGUGCCACCAUCCUAAGAGCCCUCAAGUUUGGUUACGAAGGUCGAGUGCCCCUGAAGAGUGCUCGGCUGUUCUAUGACAUCAGUGAGAAGGCCCGGAAGAUCGUCGAGUCCUACUUCAGGCUGAAUUCCACCCUGUAUUUCUCAUUCACUCACUUAGUUUGCCGAACACCUCUCUCAGAUCAGCCACAAAGCAGAGAUGACCUCAGUCAUCCCAUCCAUGCAGACAACUGCUUCUUGGAUUCAGACACCAAUGAAUGCUGGAAGGAGUUUCCUUUGGCUGCUAGGGAUUACAGUGCCAUUCUCUAUAUGAAUGAAGACUUUGAAGGGGGAGAGUUUAUCUUCACUGGAACAGAUUCCAAAACUGUGACUGCCUCCAUCAAACCAAAAUGUGGGCGAAUGGUCAGCUUUUCUUCGGGCAGAGAGAACCCUCAUGGAGUGAAGGCUGUGACCAAGGGGCAGCGGUGUGCCGUCGCUCUUUGGUUCACCUUGGACCCAUUGUACAGAGAGUUGGAGCGGCUACAGGCUGAUGAGAUGAUCCGACAGUGGAACCAUGAACAGAGCAUCAACCCCAAAGAUGAACUAUGAAAGUGGCCUCUCAGAAUGUUCUAUCCCAUAUUUAUUUAAUGACGUUAAUCUUAUUAGAACCUUUUAUUUUUGUACAGAGUCUCGGUCUAAAUUAACGGGUCACCUCCCUGCGGGCUGCUGGGGACCUUUUGUCUACACUCCUCCAAUCUCUCAAUCAGUCAGUUAGCCUCAGUGCAUCUUCUAAGAGAACCGACGAGUCCACUCACAGUCACGUGCUAAGUGCCUUCUACUUGCUGGGGAUGCAGGAUGGGAGUCAGACAGCCUCGAGGAGCCUCCCUUCCAGUCAAUCCCUGCCUUCCGGAGACGGAAAAGGAAAAUCAACAAUCCCUCCCCAUCCAUUUGUUAGGGAUAGCGAAGCCCCUUCCUCUGUUCUCAAUGGCAUCCCAAGAACUGCAGCUCAAAGGAUGGAGGUGAUGUUGUGUAUGAUAUCUCAUUUGAGCUUCCCAACAGCCCUGGGCAUUAGGUACGCUUAUUGCCGCCAUUUUACAGAUGAGGACGGGGAGGCUGAGAAAGGUCAAGGGACUUGCCCAGGGUCACACAUCUAGAUAAGUAUAUGAGACAGGACUUAAACAUGGGUUUUAGCCUCACACUCUAUCCAUUGAGCCACCUCAUGUGGUUAGCGAGAGAAACAACCAAACCAUCCCGGGCCAAAGCAAGGCAAAGAGGGCUCCCGACUUUGGAGAAUGCAGGCCCGGGGAGUCAUUGCUGUAUUUUCCCCAUAAAACCCAGAACCUGCUCCAGAACAUUCAGGGCACUGUCCCGUGUCUUCUCCUGUGUAUCCUGGGCCUGGAUCACUUGCGGGCAAUUUCCCGAUCAUUUCACCAGCUUUUGGGGGGACACCACACUUUUGUUACCGUACAACAUUUCCGUGCUUUUGUCUGAUUCUUUCAAUAAAGGGAAACUUUCUUUUAAC